GUGGAGCACGACUUGUCGGUGGUGGACUACCUGUCGGACUUCAUUUGUUGUUUGUGGGGAAAGCCGGGGGCCUACGGAGUUGUCACAAGUCCCUUUUCUGUUCGCGAGGGUUUAAACCACUUUUUAGAUGGUUUUAUUCCAACUGAAAACCUCCGUUUUCGCCAAGAAACCCUCAACUUCAAACUCGCCGUCGACCAGGACCUCCUCCUCGAGGAGGCGCAGCGGCUGCACUUCUACGAAUACCCCGCGUUGACGAAAACCCUCGGGACUUUUAAACUCAAUGUUGAAAAAGGGAGUUUUUCAGACUCUGAAAUAGUGGUUAUGCUGGGCCAGAACGGCACGGGAAAGUCAACCUUCAUCAGAAUGCUCGCCGGCCUGCUGUCGCCAGACAACUCAGAGGCGCUGCCGAGUUUUGCAGUUUCUUACAAACCCCAAAUUGUCACUGCCAAGUUCCAGGGCACAGUGAAGGAGUUGUUUUACGCAAAGAUUCGCGACGCGUUUAAUCACCCGCAGUUCCAAACCGACGUCGUGCGGCCUCUCGACCUGGACCAAGUCAUGGACCAGCCCGUGCAACUUCUCUCGGGGGGAGAACUUCAAAGAGUGGCUCUUAUUGUGGCAUUGGGAAAACCCGCAGACAUUUAUUUAAUUGAUGAACCCUCAGCUUACCUCGACUCCGAACAAAGAAUUGCAGCCAGCAAAGUCAUCAAACGGUUUAUUUUGCAUGCAAAGAAAACGGCGUUUGUAGUUGAACACGACUUCAUAAUGGCGACUUAUCUUGCAGACCGAGUUAUAGUCUUUGAGGGCGAGCCAGGGCAAGUCCCAAACCCUAAACCCUAA